CCUCCAGUCCCACUUCCACCAUGGCUGCCUCUGCCUCUCCCGAGAACUCCACCGUCGCCCCCUCCUCCUCCCUCCCUCCCCAAUGGUAGGUGCCAGCAGCUCGAGCCACGACUGACCGCGCGGGGCCUCGAUCCAGCGCAAGGCGCGCGGAACUCCCGGGCGCGAGGUUCCAGCUGCAAGGUUGGAGCGGCGGAGAUCCGGCCGCCGGACGACCCUCGAAUCCGCUGGUUACCGUCGUGUCCAGAGAUAAUUCGAGCAGGUUCAAUUCGCUGGUGCGUGCUGUGUUACGGUCUCGUGGAUCUGUGUUUCGGUGAUCUCCGUGCCAAGGCUCUGCCGCGGGAAAGGAGGCUGCUUUGGGCCCGAGGUCUUUGUGGGGGUGGAAUCCCCAUAGGGGCGACCAGUUCAAGAGAGCGCCUGUUCAUGAUUCAGGCAAUGGCGUCGCAUUCGCAGUCGCAGGCUGGAGGCGGUGGCUACGCUGGCCCGUCGGGCAGGCAGCCGCAGGGCCUGGCCAGGCAAGGAUCCUUGUACAGCCUCACCCUCGACGAGGUGCAGAACCAGCUGACAGAGCCCUUGCUCAGUAUGAACCUUGAUGAGCUGCUCAAGAGCGUGUUUCCUGAUGGCGUGGACCCUGAUGGUGCCGUCGCUGGCCAGUCUGAGCCGCCCUUGGGCCUGCAUCGCCAGGGGAGCAUCACGAUGCCUCCGGAGCUCAGCAAGAAGACUGUUGAUGAGGUGUGGAAGGGCAUCCUGGAUUCGCCCAAGAAAAAAAGCGGCGAGGAGGGUGGUUGGCGCAGGCGGGAGAGGCAGCUUACGCUUGGGGAGAUGACACUCGAGGAUUUCCUGCUGAAAGCUGGGGUCGUCACAGAAGGGUGUUUGAAGGAUUCGAGUGACUUCCCACCCAACAUGGAUGCAGCUGGGAGCAGUGUAAUCGCGGCUGCUGCGCCCAGUUCGAGCUCGACACCACAGGCACAGUGGUUACAGCAGUACCAGCAGCAAGCUUUGGAGCCUCCACAUCCAAGCAUGGCAGGUUCUUUCAUGGCAACUCAGUUGGCCCCUCAGCCACUGGCUGUCGCUACAGGAGCUAUCUUGGAAUCGAUUUACUCGGAUGGCCAGAUCACUUCACCCAUGCUCAGUGCACUUUCAGAUCCCCAAACACCUGGGCGCAAACGUGGUGCCUCCUCAGGGGGUGUACCUGAUAAGGUUGUAGAAAGAAGGCGGAAGAGAAUGAUAAAAAACAGGGAAUCGGCUGCGCGGUCAAGAGCGAGGAAGCAGGCUUACACUAAUGAGCUUGAAAACAAGGUAUCUCAUCUAGAAGAGGAGAACGAGAGGCUAAAGAGGCAGAAGGAGUUGGACAUGCUAAUGAUCUCCGCGCCACCCCCAGAACCGAAGUAUCGGCUCCGAAGAACAAGUUCCUCCCCCGUUUGACAGCGAUGGCGAUGACGAUGUUCAUAGUAAUUUUUGUAGAUUACACCGCAUAUAUAUUCCCCGUGCUCGCGGUAGAAACAGCUGGUAUGGUAGCUUGAGGUUCUAGCUUGUCGCAGCCCAAUGGUUCACAGUUUGUAGGUCAGUAGCAGCCCUAGGCCCCUAGCAUGUCCGAGAUGAUCUCUUCCGAGGCUUUGUCAGUUUGUAAAUCUGCCAGGCACAUGUUUAAUUUUAUACCGGAGCUUCUUCCUUGUACAUGAUAAAGUUAAAAUACUUGUCUCUUGUUCAUCA